GAUAAAGCUCUCUUACUUAUUUGAUACAAUGCAAACAAAUUUCAAAACAUGAUAAGUUACCAAUGGUAACUGUCAUCAAUGACAACUAAAAGUGAGGUUACUGUUAAUUUGUUCAGCAUUAUAAGACAAUAUACGUAAAUAUGGCAGACACCGAAGUGGACUGGCCAUGGCAAUAUAGUUUUCCACCGUUCUUCACGCUCCAACCGCAUCCCGAAACCAGAGAGAAGCAAGUGGCCGCUUGGAAGUCACUGAUUUUGGAGUAUUGUAAGCAAAACCGAAUGUGUAUUAUUGAUGUUAGGGAGGCUCAUCAGUUGCCGUUAUUUAACAACACCACAAUCAAUAGAAAACUCGAUUCAACAGUUAUUGUUUCUAUAUUGUCUGAGCUGCAGAAAACUGGGAAUGCUGAAGCCAUCGAUAAAGGAAAGAAUCGUUGGGAAGUGUAUUGGCAUACACGGGAAGAAUGGGCUUCAAUAAUAUACGAAUAUAUAUGUAAUAAUGGCUUGCAGAAUACGGUGAUGACGUUAUUUGAAAUAAAUCAGGGUGAUACACAAGAUGAAGAGUUUCAUGGUUUGCAUACAGAUGUGCUAAUCAAAGUGCUUAGAGUGUUGGAGGAUGAAAGGAAAUGUGAACUGAUUUUAUCGGACGAUGAUCAAGGUGUGAAGUUCUUUUAAAUAAUAAAUAGUGUAAUCAACUAAAUAUAUGUAUUGUUAAGAAAUUUUUAUAAAUCUGCUGUAUCUCACUGUUACAAUGAACUGCUUGUUCAUUUUAGUUGUAUGCCUCUUGAGUAAUAUUUAUUGUUUAAUUAUGUAAAAAAUAUAUUUUUAUAAAAGUUA